CAGUUCGGCUUAUUGUUGAAAGUGAAUGGCAAACUUUACAACCUAGGUUCGCCAUUUAAGUUAUCUAUUUUAUUUUACUCGAAAGGCUAACAGUCAAAUAAUGUACACUGUCGGGUUUCAAUAUUGGUUACACUCUUCCGGUUAUGUGACACCACGUGAUUUUAUAAUUAGUGCUCGGCUGAGCUGCAGGAUCGAGUCUUCUGCACUGUAUUCUGGUAAAAUAGUCUAAGUAAACAUACAGACGAUAUAUUUUGAUGUAGGUUUCAAAAUACAUAUUGAGAACGGAAAAUAGCUUACAAUGUUAGCACCUCUAACCUGGAAUUAGACCGAAACAUUCAGUUAAAAGGUCAUCGACAGAUACCCUUCACGUGGAGCAUACGAGUUGAUGUCUGCAUGUGUGAUCUAUCGCCAGCUGGCCAGGCGAGGCCAUGUCGCCCAAUGCUAUAAGGAUGUCCUCCUGGCCAGGAAACUUCACAGGGCUCUUUGCGACCCAGAGGCUGAGGCUGAUGAGCAACAGAAGGAGACGGAGGCAGCUGUCCACCCGGGGGUGUAUCGGCUGCACUACAACCCCACCUUGUAUCGCCGCCCCAAGAAGGAGAGUGACGCCGCGGCGAUCAAAGCCAAAAUUGACGAGGACGCACAGGGCUUCAUAGUCGCCACGCCCUCCUUCAGGCAGCAGAGCAACCACUACAGUGUGAGCUCCUCACGGCGCCUCUCCAGCACCAAAAACAAGCUACUGGACCUGGCUUUCAACAAAGCCUCCGAGGACAGGACCCCACCGCGGUCUUUUGACAACAGAGAGGCCCAACCAUCGGAGGACGAUCCUUAUAAACCCGACCCACGCGCCUUUCAGCGAUGCCGGCCGGAGUACGCCUCGACGACCCUUGACCUUAGCCAGAGGCCGCCUGCCAUCCGAUCCGAGCGGGCGUUGCAGCUUCUCCACAAAGCGUCGGUGCUGAAGGGCAGCCUGAAGGCGGCGGACGUGGCCGAGUUCCUCCGGGAGCUGGGUCACCUGCAGCCGGAGCAGACAUCGCUGGCGAGGAGCGACACGCGCUUCAUCAUGCUCCUCCGCUACUCGGUGGAGAACCUGCGGCAGUUCAGCCACGCCCAGCUUCUGCAGGUGCUGGAGUCCUUUGUGUGGCUGGCCCUGUCCCCGGCUCACAGUAUACUCGGGCAGUUUGAGAGUGAGCUGAUACAAAGGGCUCCUCAGAUGAGCCUCCCCCAGCUGCUGCUGGCGGCCGACCUGUGGCGCUGCCUGAAGAAGCCAGUGCCUCAGUUCCUACAACAACUCUAUGACUCUGUGGAGCUGCAGCACAUGGGUGUGGCUGAGCUUGUCCAAUUGGUAUACAUUAUGGGGGAAGGGAGGCACUGCCCAAAGGAUUUAGUCGGCCGCAUUGAGACGAUCUUACUGCGCCACCUGGAUAAACUUGAACCAGAGGAGGUGGGCACUGUGUGCCUGGGGCUCUUUAAAUCGCAGACAUCCCUUUCCGAAAGAGCCGUGGCCUGCCUCGUAGACAAGGCCCACUCUGUGGUGGGGGAGAUGACUGACUUUGCUAUGGUGAAUGUCAUGAAACUGUUGCGGUUCAGCCACCUUGACCACAAGGUGUGGCUGGAAGUGAUGGCUCAGGAGGUGCCACGGCGAGUCCCGGGAAUGGGCGUCAUGGGGCUGAUGCACGUGACGCUGGCCUGCUCUGCACUUCACUACCGCAGCGAUGCUAUUCUCAUGUCUGUGGCGGAGAGGUUGCCCUCCUUGGCGCAACAGUGCCGGAGCAAAGACUCCUGCAAGCUGCUGUGGUCCUUUGGAACCCUGGGUAUUCCCCCUUCCCAGUGUCCGGACUUGUACUCCAGCCUUGUUGCAGCUAUGAGACAGAGAAAGGCAGAGUUCGAGCACUAUCCUGAGCAUCUUCUCACAGGGCUUCUAGGCCUGGCCUUUGUUGAGCAAUUCCCAGAGGACCUCCUAGCGUUAGCCCUGAGCCCGGAGUUUGUCAGCCAAGCAUUGAAAAAGACCCAGCUGGAGUUGAGCAAAGAUCUGUUCACUCUAGAUGGGACGGUGGGGCUAGAGUUGCCUCACUGGACCGGACCAAGGUUGGCGGUCAGACCAAGAGAGGAGGCUGCGAAAAUGCUGUGGAGGUACGCUCAGACGGAUAUAUGCCAGAAACCAGAGGUUCUGGAGGCAGAGCGACUGCUGCAGGAUCUGCUGGGGGGCAGGCAGUUUGUAUGUAAAAGAAUGAUUCUGCCUCACACCCGCUCUAUAGACCUGUUGGUUCACCUAGAUCCCGCCGGGAUUCCGCUACCUGUGAACGUAAGUCUUGAAACUGCUAUAAUUCCAGAGAAGAGCUUGUCAACCAGUCAUGCUCACAAGAAAUUGUUAGCAAUGGUAGGGGUGAGGCUCACUGAAGAUCUCCUAACACAGAUGGUCUCCUCUAAAAAGGACAUGGAGCCUUCAGGUUUGUCACAUCAAUCUUCACCACCAGCUCUGCUCAGACUGGAGGCUGAUGAAGGAGUAAACCAGAUGAGAGUGGAGUCGGAGCUCGCUACGACCAUGCCCCGCAUGCUAACUGACACGCCUACGAAGUUGAACAAAACCAUGGUCAAGCUGGCCAUUCAGGUGUCCAACAGGAACCACUACUGCUACCAAUCAGAGCAGCUGAUGGGGCUUCAUGCCCUGAAGAGGAGACAGCUCCAUCUGGCAGGAUACAGGGUGGUAGAGCUGAACCACUGGGAGUGGUUCCCCCUGCUGAGGAAGCGCCAGGCGGAAAAACUAGCAUAUUUACACUGUAAAAUCUACGGCAGUAUGGACUGAUGACUCUUAUCCGCAUUAUAGGAAUGUUUGUGAUUAAUUAAAAAUUGCCACAAAAUCACAAGGAAACAUUUUUUAUCUAUUAAUCUUGUUCACUUAUUACUUAUAAGAUAAAAUAUACUUUAUUCAUCUCAGUGCAACCACGAAAUGAUCCCAUCACUGAUGUGUAUGAUUUAUGUUUUAUAUAUAAUCAUGUGACAGGAUUAUAGAAACAGAACAAUGAUCAAAUUUACAGUAUAGAAAUACUACAACUUGUAUAAGGAGGUUCUACAGUACACUAUAGAUCUGAGACUACCAAACAUUGGAAGCUACAAAAUAUAAACAUCUAUCGUAUGACAAGACAUCUAGCUUUAUUGACUGUAUUUGGUCUAUUUACAUUUAUUCGUUCAGCAAACGCUAAUCUGUUGAACGAUAAUCUGUUAAUUUAGGAAACAUUAUCACGUGGGAUAUCAUGGUUUCCUAUUUUUUGAAAGAGUUAGUGAAAGAAUGCUUUGAAACUUCUGCCAACAGUUGAUGAGUGCCUUGAUGAUGAUAAUGCGCUGGAGCCGUCGUCUCUUCCCUUUUGUUUUUCUCGCAGGACAAACUUUAUUUUGCUUUACCUGAAGAUAUAAAAAGUACAAUAACAAGUAUUACACAACUUUUCUUAAACCUUCUGCAAUAUAAGAUGAAUGAUUUUUCAAUGGCUGCGAUCACAGAAAGCAAUGUCAUCAAUAUCACAGAUAAAGGGGGUAUUUGAAUAGGUAGUAAAAUUCAUUAAAAAAUAAGUGAUACAAAUAACCUGUAUUAUUAAAGGGGGAUAGAGUGGGUUUGCUUAUCUGCAAGACCAGUGUGUAAAAAGUUAUUCCUGUAAACGCCUCACCAUGUUCUGUCUGCAGUUGUAAGUGAGGAGCUGUUCCAUGCUGUCGACUGGUUUUUCCAAGGCCGUUGCUCGUUUUUUACCCCUGUGGCAUCUAAACUGUUGAAUCAUACCAUGAAUAGACCGUAGGAUGUGGUGUGCCUGUCAUGAGAAAUUGACAUUGCAACACAUGUGACACAAAGGCAGGAUAACCUGGAGCUGUCAGGUAUAAGUAGUGAAGUGUUGAGCUGAGCAGUGAAACCUUUCUCUUAACCCUGUCCAUGGUGCUGAAACAAGGAGGUCAACUUUUAUAGGUACAGUUAUUUACCUUCGCUGAUGGGCAGUGGUCCCUUUCUUUGGAUACGUUUAAUUUGCUGGUCAAAUUCUGAAAUAAAUAACAUGCGUCAGCUAGUCCAAGUGUGAAAUGCAACGCCAUGCAGACAAAAAUUUGGCGGUAAGGGAGGGCAAGGCCACCCACAGAUGGCGCAUACUCGUUUUUAUCCAUGAGUGCACGUCUUAGGAGGCUCUCCACUAUUUACUUGGCAUUUCAAUUCAAAUCGAAACUUAACCCCGAAAGAUCACACCACAACCUCUGCGUACCAGACUUUGAAGUUCUACCAGGAUGAUGUUUCGGUAGGUGUCGUGGAUUUCCUUGUAGUUACACUUGCGUUCACCACAGCAAACGACCAACAGAAUAAUCAUGGUGAAACUUCGAAGAAAAGACCCGUUGAGACCCUGUGGAAUAUAUGCACUUGAAUUAAAAAAGGAUCGCAAGAUGAUUGUAGGCUGCUGUUGCGCCACGCAUAAUUGUUACUGUGUGCCCUCGCCAAAGCGCGCCAACUAAUACUUGCAGAUACAUGCGCUCUUCGUGUCCCGUUGCUCAGUAAUCAGCGGCUAAUGCCAACACGUAUGGAGCCAUUCCAAACGCAAUUUUUUUAACACAACUGCGGAACAUUUUAAUGCAAUGGAUGUUAUUUUUGUGUCCGUGUGCAUGCGAACGAAGCCAACUCACCAUUUAUCAUAUUUUAUUGCGGGACCAACACAUAAAAACCCAUCGCUUUGAGAAGAAAUGAUAGUCCAUCAGAUGGCUUUGGUAGCUACCAGCCGACCCAGAAUGAUUGUAUCCGAACCAAAGCAAGAGGUAGGCAGGCAGAAAGUUUAACCAUUCAGGAGGUUGAUAUCGCACGUGUUUUUUUUCCCGAGUUAUCAAAUCCAACGCCGGCUCCGGUUUCCUUUACCGUCAUGGGUUGCUUGCUACUCGUGGGUUAAGAAUACGCUCCAAACUCAAGUCUGAUCAAGUCAAGGAAAACUUCCUCAAACAUAAACUUUCGUUUGAGUGGUGCAAGGUUCAGAGGUAUCUUUUUUUAAUGCAGUUUCCGGUUGAGAAAUUCAAGCAACAUUGAAAAGCUAUAAAGCUGCAAUGAUGUAGGACUAUACCUUACCUCUACAACAGAUAACUACAAUAUAUUGAAAGGGACUU